GCUAAUUACAGUGGGACAGGGCAAAAGGCAGAGCCAUCAUAUGCCGUCCUCAAGUUCAUGGAGAGCUUCUGCCUCAUCAGCUCUGCCUGUGGGAUGGUGGGAAAUGGCAUGGUCCUGUGGUACCUCGGCUUCCGCAUCCGAAGGAACCGCUUCACCGUCUACAUCCUGAACCUGGCCGCCGCUGACUUUGGGUACCUGCUCUGCAUUGCCAUCGAAACGGUUCAGUACCUGAUGCAGUUCAACGUGGGGGUGCAGUUUGGGAUAUUCCUCUUCCUGGAUCUUUUCAUGUAUGGGACCGGCUUGUAUCUCCUGACGGCCAUCAGCAUUGAGAGGUGCCUGUCUGUCCUCUGUCCCAUCUGGUGCCGAAGCCAUCGCCCAAAGCACUUGUCCGGCGUCAUCUCCGGCCUGCUCUGGAGCCUCUCCCUGCUGCUGAACACCUUGGGCUACCUUUCUUGCACUGUUCGCCCCUCGGGCAGCUGCCACGUACUCCUCAUCACCAUCGGAGUCCUGGACUUCCUCUUCUGCACGCCCCUCAUGCUGGUGUUCAGCCUCACCCUCUUCCUCAAAGUCAAGUGCAGCUCCCAGCACCUCCGAACAGGCAGGCUCUUCACCGUGAUUAUGCUCACCGUCCUCUUCUUCCUCAUUUUUGCUGUUCCUCUGAGCAUCCUGAUCCUCUUUGACUUCUGGGGCUAUAAGUUUCUCUACUCCCCAGAGAUUGGCUUUGUGCUGUCCUGCGUCAAUAGCAGCCUCAAUCCAGUUAUUUACUUCAUUGUGGGCAGCUACAGGGAUCGGCGGAUUCGGCUCACUCUCAAGCUGGCCUUCCAGAGGGCCUUUGAAGAUUCAGCAGAUGACAAAGAUGAACGGGAAACCCAUGAAACAAUAACUAUGUCCUCUUGA